GAAGAGAUGAAACUUUAUGAUCAUGUUGCUUGACCUCGUUAUAAUCCUGUUAUAAUCCUCGUCCUCUAGGAGACAGCGGCAAGGUGACGACGGUGGUGGCCACACCGGGUCAGGGACCGGACCGCCCACUGGAGGUCUCUUACACUGACAUCAAGGUGAUUGGAAACGGGUCGUUUGGUGUGGUGUACCAGGCUCGGCUCAUCGACAGCCAGGAGAUGGUGGCCAUCAAGAAGGUUCUGCAGGACAAGAGGUUCAAGAAUCGUGAACUUCAGAUCAUGAGGAAACUGGAUCACUGCAACAUCGUCCGACUACGUUACUUCUUCUACUCCAGUGGCGAGAAGAAAGAUGAAGUGUACCUCAACCUGGUGCUGGACUUUGUCCCUGAGACGGUCUACAGGGUUGCCCGGCAUUUCAACAAGGCCAAGAGCAUCAUUCCUAUCAUAUAUGUGAAGGUCUACAUGUACCAGUUGUUUCGCAGCCUGGCUUACAUCCAUUCCCAGGGAGUGUGUCACAGAGACAUCAAGCCCCAGAACCUGCUCGUGGACCCGGAGACUGCCAUCCUCAAGCUGUGCGACUUCGGCAGCGCCAAGCAGCUGGUGCGCGGUGAACCCAACGUGUCGUAUAUCUGCUCACGGUAUUAUCGGGCCCCGGAGCUAAUUUUCGGGGCCACAGACUACACGGCAAACAUUGAUAUCUGGUCAGCAGGCUGCGUCCUCGCGGAGCUGCUGCUCGGACAGCCCAUAUUCCCCGGGGACAGCGGAGUGGACCAACUGGUAGAGAUCAUCAAGGUUCUGGGAACACCGACACGGGAACAGAUCCGAGAGAUGAACCCGAACUACACAGAGUUCAAGUUCCCUCAGAUUAAAGCUCAUCCAUGGACCAAGGUGUUUAAACCGCGCACCCCCCCGGAGGCCAUCGCCCUGUGCUCCCGGCUGCUGGAGUACACACCGGCCUCACGCUUCUCCCCGCUCGAGGCCUGCUCGCACGCCUUCUUCGACGAGCUGCGCCAGCCCAACACGCGGCUGCCCAGCGGCCGGGAGCUGCCCAUGCUCUUCAACUUCAGCACCACAGAGCUGUCAAUCCAGCCCCAGCUCAACUCGACCCUCAUCCCUCCUCACGCCCGCUCGCACACAGCUGCUUCCGCCCACGACGGCACCGGUUCAGAUUCAUCUCAACACAGCUCAGUACCAGGAUCUCUUAACAGCAUCUGAAGCCGCUUCUCACCUGCCUGCCUCCUGUCAGCCACACACACACUCACACACCUACACACACACACACACACACACACACACACUACAGCUUUCCUCUGUGCUGCUUGCUCUCCUCUUAGAUGAUCUGUUUUUGUACAGUCCACACGUUGAACAAGCUCGUAGUUCUGUAGUUGCCCAGUUUGAAGCUCCGGCAGGAGAUUGUUACACACACACACACACACACACACACAGACACACACACACAGACACACACAGACACACAGAGUCGUCUUGCUGCUGCUCAGGUGGGAUGUGAAGGUUCGAUACACGGGGCUGGUCCUCUGUUAUAUAACCUUUUUUUUUUUUUUUUUAAAUCACCUUUUAUUUCCCGUUUUUCUUCUUUAUAUCUGUGUUUAUUUAUUUGACGUAUUGAAAUGCAUCAUGUGAGCUCAACACAUUUAGUCUCUACAGCUUCUUUUUUUUGUUAAGGUUCCUUCCAUGUUUUUAAAUCCCUGUUGUUUCCGUGUUGGACUGCAAACGGCCCGGCCACGACUAGAAACGCCCCCAAGUAGGUCAUCAGGGUAACGGAGGUUUUUAUUUAACUCGGGGCUGGAGAACUGCUGCAGGGACUGAAACACUCAGAAAUCCUCCAGCCACAUUAUUCAUAUAUAUAUAUAUAUAUGUAGAGUAUACAUGUCUACAGCCUGAUGUAUAAGCUCAAGUUAGAUCUCCAGCUGGUUGACUUCCUGUUGACGAGGCAGCACCAGGGAGCAUUUCUCAGUGUUUGGUUGCAGAUCUGUUGUAUUUGUCUCUGACGUGAAUCAUGUUCAGUAGCUGUAUUUUUAGACUGAACUGGAAAUCACCCGACUUUGAGGACCAGCUGUUGCUUCUGUUUUUAAUCCUGAACUAAAGAGCGACACGUUCCCGUGGAAAAAAAAUUAAUAAUCCACAAACCCGUCAGCGGUCGUUAGUGGACUCGACGAUGGUGCAGUUUUAAUUUUCCUCUCCGGGCACAUCUACACUCACAUAUACGGUAAUUAUGGGUGAAAUCAAACCCUAGUUGAGAUUCCUCCUCAUCUUUUAAACAUGAUUUUAUCUUUAGAUCCGUUUCCUCAUCAGGAGGGGAGGGGCUGUGCUGAAAACCAUAACUUCCAGAGGGAAACUUGUUCUUCACCGAUACUAAAUGUACUUAGAGCUGUAAGUGUCAGUGGUGAAGGAAGCGUGAAUGUGUGGCUCAGCUUAAUCACAGUAAUAUAUUCAGAUAGAGACUUUUAACCAUGAGCAGACAAAGCUGUUUGUUCACUGUUCCACCAAAUGAUUUGUUGUGCUCAGUGGUUUAUUAGAUAGAAGUGUAAGUUUCCCUGUUUCUUCAGCUGGAGCCGAACACUGAAGCUUAUCUUUAAUAAUUAAGAAAUCCACAGACGGCAACAUUGAUGCCUCCUAGAGAAAUUGUUUGUGCAAUUUACCUGCUGAAAGAAAUUCAACAUUAAACUUCUGCCCAUUUUAACCAUUCAAUAGAAAAAUCUGUUUAUUCCUUGAUUCCUCAUUUACAGUAAAUCACUGUUGACUGGUUUAGUUCAGGUCACUGAGGUGUAACGUGUCAUCUGAGGUUUAUUUCACUCAAAUUAUUAGUAUUGAAACUGGAAUUCCCCGAGCAGAGGAACAAGAACUCUUAACUCUGGAUUAAAUGUUUCAGGCGAGUGAUGCUUCGUGUGAACUUGACGAGCAGAAGCUUAAAACAUUAACUGAGGUUCAGCUGCAGACACGUCAUCAGAAAUGUUUCAUAAACCACAUUAAUACCAAGCGGGGGGGUUCCUUUAUGGUUUGUCGUACUUCUAUCUUUCUGAGGACCAGUUCGGAGUUGUUACCACGUUGAGGAGUAGUGUGUGUCUGUCCCACCACGUCCCGAACUGCAGUCUGAGCAGCCGGUGUUGUAGGAGUAGAGCAGUCGAAGCAGAUCUCUAGUCAGCAGUGCACUUGAAAGUUUGUAGAAUAGUAUAUUUGAUACUAUCGUACCAUUCCUCCUCCUGCUGUCUGAACUGCAGCCAUCUUUGUUUUCAAACCCACUUUCAUUCUGUAUGCAGAGAGUGGGGAGCUUUUUGUUUUCUUUCUCCUCCCCCCACCCCCUCAGCUGCUUCUGGGUUUCAAACUAGCAACCUGCCGGACUUUGUUUGACCGACUCCUCGGGGUGCGUCACACUCGGAGCCGUCAGAUCCUCUGUGGCUGUGAAACGGUGUGAGGACAGAACCCUGUGACCGAGAAUCAAACAUGGCCGAUCCUCCUCCUCCUCUCAGAAGCCAGUCAUUCCCUCCACCUACUUUCUGCAUCUCUUGUCGCACAUGUAAAUAUCACUGAUUUUUAAUUUCCCACUUUUUACUUUUUAUGACAGAGUUUAUAUCUUAUUUUCCUCAUUUUCUCUAUGGAGCAGUUCUUAGUUUGUGCAUUUCUGUAAAUAUGUUUUUUUUUCACUAUCCAAAAUGUAAAAAUACUGCAAAUAAGAAAAAGAAAAAACAGUCUCCUCCUCGUGUUUGUCGAGGAUCUCUCUCUCUCUCUCUCUCUCUCUCUCUCUCUCUCUCUCUCUCUCUCUCUCUCUCUCUCUCUCUCUCUCUCUCUCUCUCUCUCUCUCUCUCUCAGUGAAUCUCAGCCUUCCUCCAUGUUGCUUCCUCAGUGGGACCAACCCGACUGAAUUCAUAUUGAAAGAGUUCCGUUCCAAAUCACUCUCCUCCUCUUUUGGUUGUGAAUAUUAUAAUCUAACGUAAUAAAUUAAAUGUAAAGGAUCAUUCCGACCCUCAUCUUUGUUUCUGCAUUGUCCUCAAAGUCCCUUUUAACAAGCUGCGGGUCUUUUAGUUUCACAACCGACCCUGAAGUCCCCUGAGAGGAGCUGUGACCUGUGAACCCUGAAGCUGCAGGUUUCUGUGUUUCCCACGUUCUUCUCACUUAGACAUCGCGCUGUGACGUCCAGAUAGUUCUCGACCCGGGCAUCUUGUUAUUGUUGUGUGCUCUGUGGCGUUCAGGAUCGCUGCUAAUAGUCACAAGAUGGUAGAAAUAAACACGUGCGCUGUGAAUGCAGACGGAGGAAUCCACUGAAAACCAACAGGUUCAAGUGGAGUGACUUUCACAAAAUGUUCUUUUUUUUUUGUUAUUAGAUUCUCUGAGAAACUUGAGUGAUGUCACUGAUUCUCCACACGUUGUGUUACUUUGAUUUACUCCUUUGCUGUGGUCGUUGGUCUCACUCUGCCCGGAUGGACUGAUGUGAUGGAGGAGGAGGAGGAGGAGAGAGAGAAAGAACCACAAACAUGUCUGUCUCUGUUCUGUGUGCGUAUGAUAUGGACUCAUUUAAUGUAAUAAAGUGAUGAAACUGUG